UUUUAAUAAUAAUGUUGAAGACCUGGACCGUGUGUGUGCAGUUGGAAUCACCUGGAGCUUGAGGAGCUGCAUGCGGUGUCCGAGGUCUGACAAUGGCCAAGAGCAAAUUUAGAGGUCAGAAGUCCAGGAAUGUAUUUCACAUAGCCAGCCAAGAAAACUUCAAGGCUAAAAACAAAGCAAAACCAGUUACUAUAAAUCAUAAGAUAAACAUUGCAAAUGAUGAAAAAGUUAACAGAGUCAAUAAAGCUUUUGUAAACAUACAAAAAGAACUUGCACACUUUUCAAGAGGCCUUUCUCUUGAACCUCUGCAGAAAGAUCUGAUUCCUCGUCAGCAUCUUGAAAACGAACCAGUUAAUGUUGAUCAAGCUACAAAAUUAAUGGCUCAGUUGUAAUGCAGUGAUGAUUUAUCAAAG